GUCACACAUCUAGAAAGUGGAUGAGUUUCUCAAAACACAAUCUCUUCCUUGGUUCCACCCAUCCAUCUCUUAGCUCAUUUUGAUCGAUCAUAAUGAUGUCAAUUGUUUUCUCCACCUCCGCGGCAGCUACAAAACUAUUUCCUCCUACUACUUACCGCCUUCAAAGUCAAACCUCUCGAAGUUGGAGGCUGAAAUCAUCAACAUCAUGUAAGAACUCUUUGAAAUCUGAAGAAAAACUCUAUUCAAGGGUUGGUGCACUCUCCACUGGACCCGUUCAACCUGCGAUCCUCCUUGAAGUUGCCACAACUGCUGCUCAAACUGGUGCCAAGGUUGUGAUGGAUGCUGUUAAUAAGCCAAGGAGUAUUACGUAUAAAGGAUUAACUGACUUGGUGACUGAGACGGAUAAAAUGAGUGAAGCUGCCAUAUUAGAAGUGGUGAAGAAGAAUUUUGAAGAUCAUCUUAUUCUUGGGGAAGAAGGAGGCAUUAUAGGAGAUGUAGCUUCCGAUUAUCUCUGGUGCAUUGAUCCGUUAGAUGGGACAACAAACUUUGCACAUGGCUAUCCCAGCUUUGCUGUUUCUGUUGGAGUUCUAUAUCGAGGAAAUCCUACUGCUGCCACAGUGGUUGAGUUUGUUGGUGGUCCUAUGUGUUGGAAUACUCGCAUUUUCACUGCAACUGCUGGUGGUGGAGCAUUCUGCAACGGCCAAAGGAUCGAAGUGAGUGUAACUGAUCAGGUGGAACGAUCUCUUCUAGUGACAGGUUUUGGGUAUGAACACGAUGAAGCCUGGGCUACUAACAUAGAAUUAUUCAAAGAAUUUACGGAUGUCAGCAGGGGUGUAAGACGGCUUGGUGCAGCUGCUGUAGACAUGUGUCAUGUGGCUUUGGGAAUUGUAGAAGCAUAUUGGGAAUAUCGUCUAAAGCCAUGGGAUAUGGCUGCUGGUGUUUUGAUGGUAGAGGAAGCUGGUGGCACAGUCUCUCGGAUGGAUGGCGGAAAAUUUUGUGUUUUUGAUAGAUCUGUUUUGGUAUCAAACGGUGUGAUCCAUGCUAAGCUUCUGGAGAGAAUUGGACCUGCAACAGAGGGCUUAAAAAGUAAGGGAAUUGAUUUUUCAUUAUGGUACAAACCUGAGGACUACAGAGCUGACGUUUAAACUAGAGACAGUAAAGACACCAACAAUUGUUUUUCUUGUUUCUCGUCGACUAUGUCUCUAACAGCAAUAGGGUGACAUUAUUGCUCUUUACAUUUUUGUAUUACUUACUAGUUCAAAUCUCACGAUAAUUGGUAUAAACUGCAUUUGGAUAAAUUAUUUCUGAUUAUAUAUGUUUA